ACCUCCAACAUGGGGCAAGCACAAAAUCUACAGCUCCGAGUUACGGUUCAAGAAGCCAAAGAAGCAACCUCGCCUGAGUAUAUCAAUGCCACCAAUCAAUCAACAAUCUCUCAAUCUAGAAAUUUUAUGCGGUGGCUCCGGAUGACCAUCUAUAUACUCUUUGUCCUCUCUGGCCAAUCUGCAGCUAUGCUCUUGGGCAGACUGUACUACAACAAAGGUGGAAAGAGCAAAUGGGUGGCAACACUUGUGCAAGUUGCAGGGUUUCCAAUCCUCAUUCCUUACUACUGCAUCUCUUCUCCCGAAAACCCUACCACAAGCAGUAUCCAGAGGAACCAACCAUGCGCCUUAAUCCUUGCCUUGAUUUAUGUCUCUUUUGGUGUAUUUCUAGCAGCAGACAGCAUGAUGUAUUCAAUUGGGCUCUCGUACCUUCCUGUAUCUACAUUUGCCCUUAUUUGUGCAUCCCAAUUGACCUUCAAUGCUUUCUUCUCUUUCCUCCUUAAUUCACAGAAGUUCACUCCUUUUAUAAUCAAUUCCCUGGUCCUUCUCACCAUCUCUUCCGCCUUGCUUGUAUUUGAAACCAAUUCCACAAACCCCAGUGGAAACUCUAACAAAAAGUAUGAAACUGGACUCUUAUGCACUGUUGGUGCAUCUGCUGGGUAUGGAUUGAUGCUUUCCCUUACACAGCUCUCCUUCCAAAAGGUUCUGAAAAAGGAAACAUUUACAGUGGUUUUGGAAAUGAUAAUCUAUCAGUCACUGGUUGCAACCUGUGCUACCCUGGUGGGGCUUUUUGCUAGUGGAGACUGGAAAGGUCUAAAGAGAGAGAUGGAGGACUUUGAACUGGGGGAGUUUCUUUAUGUCAGUACUUUGGUUUGGGCAGCUAUAGCUUGGCAGAUUUUCACCUUUGGCACAGUAGGAUUGAUACAUGAAGUGUCUUCCCUGUUCUCCAAUGUCAUAAGUUCUCUGGGUUUGCCAGUUAUUCCAGUUCUAGCUGUGAUCUUCUUCCAUGACGAAAUGGAUGGGGUAAAGGCGAUUGCCAUGGUAUUGGCUAUUUGGGGAUUUAUUUCAUAUUUCUAUCAGCACUAUCUCGAUGAUUCUAAGUCCAAGGCUGAAAAUAGAGACGUCAAAGAAAUUUCAAUGCUUCCCUUGUUGAAAGAGGUUACUGAUGAACAAGAUGGGUUUAAGAAGAUCUACGUAAAAGUUCCACUUUCAACAGAAGAAAAUGUCCAAACUUAUGAGCAUUGAAGUUAUUUUGGUCCUUCUGUUCCCUUAUUUCAAUCCCAAGAAUGAGAAGUUUCAAUGUACAAAUCCAUAUACCCAAAUAUGUAGGUAAAAACCUAGCCAUUUUAUUUCUCCACAGAAAGUGUAAACUACAAUUUUGUCUAUUCCAUCUCCAAAAUUAUUGUCAGACUCCAGUAAAUAUAAACG